AUGUCGACGAUUUCGAUCCACCGGACCGAAUUGCUUAGAAUCACGCACAAUCGAUCGCGAAUUUUCCGGCAGAGAUAUCGGAGAACUAUUCCUCCUUGGAGACUGACGAUCUGUUCGAGAUCUUCUGAUACAUCUAAGAAGGAAGAACUAUCUGUACAUAUAUCGAAUUCGCCUACGAUUCCUCAGGUUGAUCAAUUAAAACCUGAGGGUUUGAGAUUCGACCGUUUGCAGCCUCCCAAGUCUGAGUUUGUUCAGGAAGAUAGAUUGGAAUUUGGUAAAUUCGUAGCACGUGAAGCCAUUCUUGAUGAAGAAUUCUGGACAGCAGCUUGGCUACGUGCAGAGAGUCAUUGGGAAGAUCGUGAGAGUGAAAGAUAUGUUGAUAACUUCAAAAGGAAAUUUGCAGAGCAGGAGUUUAAUGCCAUAAAGAGAAGAUGUAAAGGGCAGCAAGGACAGAAAUGCUCAUGUAUCGUUGCGGUGAGAAAGGAAGAGAGGCACAUUAAGCGUUCAGUAAUCAAAAGUGUGGUUGGGACGCUUGAUUUGAGCAUUCGGUUUUUCUUGCAAGGAGAGACCUUUCCUGGGGAAAAGGUAAAGUCUCAACUGUUCUGCAGCAUAAACAAUGAAGGAUCAAAAAGGUAUGGUUAUAUUGGUAAUCUGUGUGUUGCGAAAUCAGCACGCCGCCAGGGCAUUGCUUGCAACAUGUUACGCUUCGCUAUCGAAUCAGCCAGAUUGAGUGGAGUUGAACAAGUAUAUGUUCAUGUACAUAGAAACAAUUUAGUUGCUCAGGAACUAUACAAGAAGACCGGUUUCGAGAUUGUUGAAACGGGACAAUCUGAAUCAUCGGAUGAUGAUACAUACCUUCUCCAAUACACAAGAUAA